UUGGCCUCUCGUCUCCUCGUAUGCAGCUUCAUAUGCGGCUCAAUACUUGGGAUCCAUUCUCAUUCAGGAAGUGCUCGGAUACAACACUACGCUUAACCUUGAUGAUUUGGGAAGCGGUGCAUUGUCGGGAUAUUACGGGUUAACGGGAUGCAGCACUUUCACCAACACUGACGACCGUGGGUGCAAGGAAGGCGUCACUACCUACUUUCACAUUACAUUUGAGAGUUGGUCCGGAUAUCAUCAUGAUUGGAAGUUCAUUCAAGACACCUACUCAUCCAUGGCGCCCAUCAACAGAGGCAACAUGGGAUACAUGGGCUUUAUUACCGCCUUCAUUCCCAAACUUGUUCAAGAGCAAGCGUACUCUACACAGGGCGUAGCGCUUGAGUUCUACCGAAAUUGGAACGUGUCUUGGAACCAGCCUUGGAACUUCUUCAGCGGCAUAUCAUCAGUUGAGAAGCGAAAUUUGAUGCCUUGCAACGCUUCCAUGAUGCAGGAUGACCCUGCCAUGAGGCGUCACGUACAGUUCACUGGGGACACAGAUGGGGUUGUCAUCGCCAAUGAGAAGUAUUCGGGACGAUGUGAUGACGGUUAUUGGUGGUUGCCGCCAGCUUGCAGGUCGAAUCCAUCCACUUGUGUUCCGUGGAUUACAGGAGGCACCGGUUGGUCAGUUGAAGAGUUCAUGCAGAAGUUCACCACCUGGAACAUGCCUGUUGCAGUUGGCGUUGCCGCAACCUGGGGCGACUACACGACCUUGCCACUUGCAGGCACCAUGGCCUUCUAUUGGUGGUCCCCAGACCCCACUUUCCUGGAACUUUCACCAUUGCGUGUGGAAUUUCCGGAAUUCAACAAACGCGAGCAUGACCAGGGCAUCCAAACAUCACAGCUCAACGCAAUUAGCAUCGACACCCUUGUCAGCCGUGAUCUUCCUGUGUUGGCUCCAAUGGUGGAUAGGUUUGCAGAUAAUUUGGAGAUCAGCCAGGCCCAAAUGGACGCACUUCUGUUGGAGCAGAAGAACACCGGAGAUUCCUGGGAGAAUGUGACCUGCAGAUGGGUCCUGGCGAAUCGUGCCACAUGGGAGAAGUGGAUCCCUGACCAAUCUGCGUGCUUUCCCGGCUUUGGUCUCUACGACACUGUGGUGAAAGACUUUGUGGAGAUGCGGGAGAACGCCACGAACCAGAUCACGUGCCAGGCUUGUCCACCUGGAACCUUCUCGCAGAAACUCGAAGACAGCAUUGGCACGGGCGAGACCUACAUCUGCGUACCCUGUGGCCUUGGAACUUCGCAGCCCUCAGGAGCUGCACUGAGCUGCACACCCUGCAAAGUAGGCGGAUAUCAGGAUGAAAAUCGCAGCACGGAGUGCAAGCGUUGCCCCUUCCGCACCUAUCAGGAUGAGGAAGGUCAAGUGGCGUGCAAAAGUUGCCCCGCCUCCACCAACACUUUGGGGUUGGGAUCCAUCGCACCAAGCGAUUGCGGCUGUUUGGAGGACCAAAUUGACAUGGACCGUUCAGACAACUUCGAGUGCGUCGCCUGCAUGGAGGGAAUGAAAUGCCCAGCUCUAUCCCAGUUGGUCGAUUUGGAGAACGGAACCAGCGCCAACGGAGAGUUAUUCACUCCGAUGAUCAUGGAGGGCUUCUACACCACGAAGGACUCUCCCACAGAGGUCUUCCGGUGCCGCAGCACGCGAACUUGCCCUGGUGGAACCCCUGGUACCUGUGGCGGUGGGCUGAUUGGUACUCCGUGCUCGCAAUGCCCAGCAGGUGCCACCUGGACUGGAAGUGUUUGUGAAGAUUGCGCAGGCUGGCGCCAAGCCCUUUGGGGCCUGGCAGUGUGCGGCGUUUUCGCAUUCUUGACCUUGGCCUACUACCUGACCUCAUCCAAGGUCACGGCAAAAGCUACUGUGCUUUUUGCAACAACGGCUUCCUUCGGCAUGUUGGUUAUGUCGAUGCAGAAUUUGGGGCUGGUUGGUACUAUGACUGUUGAGUGGCCAGAAGGACUCCAGGCGCUGUUCAGCUUUUGCCAGCUCUUUUUGCUGGACAUCGAUUCUUAUGGCUUCAGCUGCCUCGCGGGUCAGUCAGAACCAAUCCGCUACCUCCUGAGUGCCCUGAUCUUCCCCGUGGGUAUUGCAUGGUUGGCUUUGGGAUAUGGCUUGUCCCGAUUCUUCCCCGAGAAAUACCAUUGGGAAGGACCAAAGGUUUGCUCUACCAUGGGAGCUUUCCUUCAAGUUGGAUUCAGCACCAUGAGCGCUACCUCUUUGGCCCCGAUGAUGUGCUUCCAGCAUCCUAACGGUCUCCGAAGCAUUCUCAAGUAUCCCGGUGUCAUUUGUGGCUCCGCCGAUCACACUUCCAUGUUGGUCUUCGCUGGGAUUUUGUUGGUGGUAUUCGUGUUCGGCUUCGUGGCCUUGUGUGGAUUUGCUGUGUGGAAAGUGCCUUCAUGGAGUGCCAAGCGCCGCGAUCAUUUGGUUGCUUCAGUGCGCUUCCUGGUCUUCCGAUUCCGCUUGGAUUCGUGGUGGUUUGGAGUUCCACUCCUUGUUCGAGGGCCUUUGAUCAACUUGCCCGUGGUCUUGGCCACGGAUUACCCACCAAUCCAAGUGGUCUGCAUUGCGAUGAUUCUGACCACUACGAUGGUCACAGCUUUCUUCGUGGGGAGAACAAGUUUCUCGGGAUGAG